UCCCGGCGUGCUCUGCGGCGGGACUACGGCUCCCGGCAGCCGCUCCACCGUGGGCCGGGGCUGAGGGAACGGAGAGGCGGGAGAUACCGGGGGCGGCGGGACUACAGCUCCCGGCGUGCCCCGCGAUAGGACUACAGCUCCCGGCGUGCUCUGCGGCGGGACUACGGCUCCCGGCAGCCGCUCCACCGUGGGCCGGGGCUGAGGGAGCGGAGAGGUGGGAAACACCGGGGCGGCUGGACUACAGCUCCCGGCGUGCUCUGCGGCGGGACUACGGCUCCCGGCAGCCGCUCCAGAGUGGGCCGGGGCUGAGGGAGCAGAGAGGCGGGAGAUACCGGGGCGGCGGGACUACAGCUCCCGGCGUGCCCUGCGGCAGAACUACGGCUCCCGGCAGCCGCUCCACCGUGGGCCGGGGCUGAGGGAGAGGAAAGGCGGGAGAUACCGGGGGCGGCGGGACUACAUCUCCCGGCGUGCUCUGCGGCAGAACUACGGCUCUCGGCGUGCUCAUCGCAGGACUACAGUUCCCGGCGUGCCCUGCGCCAAGCCCCGCGCCUGGCCACGCCCCCCGGAGCGCGGGACCGGCGGGCUCCCCUCAGCACCAUGCGGCUCUCGGCGCUGCUGAGCGCGGCACGGCCGCGGCUGCCCCCGGGCUACCGGCACGGCUUGUGGCCCCCGGACUCCAUGGCCGCCCGCCUCCGCAACCCCCCGGGGCAGCGCCGCCGCAAGGUCUUCGUGGAACCCAUCGCCAAGGACGACUGGAAGGUGUUCAAGGGUGACACGGUGCAGGUGCUGGCCGGGAAGGACGCGGGGAAGCAGGGGAUGGUCACCCAGGUGGUGCAAGCCCGCAACUGGGUGGUGGUGGAAGGGCUGAACACGCACUAUCGCUACAUCAACCGCACAGCCAAAUACUCCGGCACCUACAUCGCCAGCGAGGCGCCGCUGCUGCUCAGCCAGAUCUCCCUGGUGGACCCUGAGGACAGGAAGCCCACAGAGGUGCAGUGGAGGUACACGGAGGAGGGCGAGCGCGUCCGCGUGUCGCUGCGCAGCGGCCGCAUCCUGCCCGUGCCCCCGCAGCCACGCAAGGACGGCGUCGUCCCCGAGCAGUGGGUUGAUGGCCCCAAGGACACGGCGGAGGAGGAGGUGCUGGCCAAGACGUACCGGCCGUCGCUGAAAACCUUUGAGGAGGAGAUCAUGGAUGCCAUGGGGAUCGUGGAGACACGCCGGCCCAAGAAAUCCUACUGGUAUUAACUGGGGGAGCCCCUGAGCCAGGCUCUGCAAUAAACCCCCCUUCAUUUUC